UGCUAUGCAGUUUCCUGUUCAGGGUCUCCAUCCAGAGAGAAACCAUGGCGGCCACUGAGAUAGCUCGACAAGCGGGAGAAGGUGCCCGUGCCGUUCCCCUCUCCGGCCAUGUCGGCUUUGACAGCAUGCCCGACCAGCUGGUCAACAAGUCUGUCAGCCACGGCUUCUGCUUCAACAUCCUAUGUGUCGGAGAGACGGGGCUUGGGAAGUCGACCCUCAUGGACACGCUGUUCAACACCAAGUUCGAGGGCGACCCCAUGCAGCACAACCAGCCGGGUGUGCAGCUCAAGUCCAACACCUACGAGCUGCAGGAGAGCAACGUCAGGCUCAAGCUCACCAUGGUCGACACCGUGGGCUUCGGGGACCAGAUCAACAAGGAGGACAGUUACAAGCCCAUUGUGGAGUUCAUCGACACCCAGUUCGAGGCCUACCUCCAGGAGGAACUGAAGAUCAAGCGCACGCUGCACAGCUACCACGACACGCGCAUCCACGCCUGCCUCUACUUCAUCGCCCCCACCGGACACUCCCUCAAGUCCCUCGACCUCGUCACCAUGAAGAAACUCGACAGCAAGGUCAACAUCAUCCCCAUCAUUGCCAAAUCAGACGCCAUCUCCAAAAGCGAGCUCACCAAAUUCAAGAUCAAGAUCACGAGCGAGCUGGUGAGCAACGGCGUGCAGAUCUACCAGUUCCCCACAGACGACGAGACCGUGGCAGAGAUCAACUCCACCAUGAACGGCCAUUUACCGUUCGCCGUGGUGGGCAGCACUGAGGAAGUGAAGAUCGGCAAUAAGAUGGUGAAGGCCAGGCAGUACCCCUGGGGGACAGUGCAGGUGGAGAACGAGAACCACUGUGACUUUGUGAAGCUGAGGGAGAUGUUGAUCCGCGUGAACAUGGAGGACCUUCGAGAGCAGACGCACACACGUCACUACGAGCUCUACCGCCGCUGCAAACUGGAGGAGAUGGGCUUUAAGGACACAGACCCCGACAGCAAACCUUUCAGUCUGCAGGAAACGUACGAGGCGAAGAGGAACGAGUUCAUGGGGGAGCUCCAGAAGAAGGAGGAGGAGAUGAGGCAGAUGUUCGUGCAGCGGGUGAAGGAGAAGGAGGCGGAGCUGAAGGAGGCUGAGAAGGAGCUCCAUGAGAAGUUUGACCGGCUGAAGAAGCUCCACCAGGACGAGAAGAAGAAGCUGGAGGACAAGAAGAAGUCCCUGGACGACGAGCUCAACUCCUUCAAGCAGAAGAAGACGGCCGCCGAGCUGCUGCUGUCCCAGGCCCAGCAGGCAGGGGGCUCCACCACGCUCAAGAGGGACAAAGAGAGGAAAAAUAAUCCCUGGCUCUGCACAGAGUAGGUCCUCCACGCAACUCCUACGCUUUGCUAAGGGACCAGACCUUGGCUUAUGUUGGCCACCCUCCGCCACUAAGCCGGGGGAGCUACAGAGUGGACUGCCAUCCCUCUGGGGGUUUCCAUGGGUUUCUUUUCCAUUUUAGCCAGCAGGCAGGGCUGGGUUUUUUAUUUUAUUUAAUUUUUUAUUUUUUAUUUUCACUUUCGUUUGGUUUGUUUGGAUUUUUUACUGGGUCUUUCACUUGCAGCGCUUACUAACAGCAAAGCAUAUUUCUGUCUGCUUCUGCCAAAGCUUCAUACUGUCCGUGUGGUGUCCUGUUUCGCAAUACUUGUGUGACUAACACCAUGUACUCUGUGACCGUGUUUUGUAUGGCAUUAGAGAUUUCAGCCGCAAACUGAUAUGCUUGUGAUGCGUAAUGCUUUUUCUUACAGCACAAAAAAAACAGAACGCUUAAAGCUCGGAAUUUGAUAUGAUGUGUUAUGUACUGUUAAUGUUUAAAUAUAAUAACAAUGUCUUACAUAUUCUGACCUGUCCUUCUCUCGAGGAUCAAGCUAUUUAUUUCUUUUCUCGCUCUCUGGAAUUGGCUACAUGGCUAUAAAUAGGCUGCCAAAUAAAUGAUGCAUAGACUGUAGCGCUAUGAAAUGGCAUGUUAUUUAUUUAUUUUCCCAGCUAACUGAAAUUGGCUAGUAUAUGACCACAAAUAUCAAACACAUAAUGUUUAAACUGCUAUGAAGUUCAGCUGAUUAUGCAGCAUGUUAAUCAGUCAGCCAUGGCUACAUAUUAUAUUAGGCAUUGCUUUAAAGAGAACUUCAUUGACCUCUGACACGCGCGCACACACACACACACACACACACACACACACACACACACACACACACACACACACACACACAAACACACACACCUGAGACUCACUAAAUACCCAUAAUCCUCUUGUGUUUGGUGCUGUUUCUCUCGCUGGCGUAGCUCUUGGCAUUGCAAUUAACUCGUUUGUGUGUUCUCUUUUUUCUCUCUCUCUCUCUUCCUCUCCUCUGUAGCUUCUUCUAAUCUGUUUUGGCCAGCUGUCUGAUCUGAAUGAAGAGGGGGACUGCAGUUUCUACGACAACUAAGCGCCUGUUUUACUCCCCGCUUCUCUUGUCUUUCUCACUUCAUCAGCCAUUUUUUAAAUUUGCCCCCCUCUCCCCUCCCUUACCUUACUUACCGUCUGCUCUACUGAACCUGAACAUGGCCGUAUGUGGGCUUUACAUGGUAUGUUUGACAAAAGCAAGUUCAUAUGCCUAAUUAAGGCCAUGCCAUCCAUCCACACAAAUCCACACUGGCUGCCUUUGUACAGUAUUGUGGCAAGGGUCAAAGCCUUACGCGGAGGAUCACUCUUCCUCUCUUCCUUUUCUCUUUAAAAGUGUACAAACCCAGGAGUGGACACUACUGCUUGUACUACACGGGGAACGUACAUGACAUGUCCACACACAAAGCCUUUUGAGUUGUUUUGUACUAAAAACUGAUGGCUAUUGCAAAGUAACCAUACACAUUACAGGGAUUUUUUUUUGUUGGAAAUCCUAAUUCUAAAGAAAAAAGAAAGAACUUAGAUGGUCAUCUGUUUAUUAUCUGCAUAUAACACUGAGUAGGUCUUAUUACUAUUAUUGCAAUGUCUUGGUUGAUUUGUGUUUUGAUAUUCAUCUUACAGAACUGCUACAUUUUAUGCUAUAAAUAGACGGAUAUUUGCUGUUCCAUGUUCAUGGGUUUUGUACCCCACCCCUGUAAUAAUAAUAACUGUGACAGUGGAGAGGCUUUGAGAUUACAAAGGCCAAAGAAGACUUGGGGCUUUUUAACCAGAAGAAACGUAGACAGUCUCAUAUCAUCUAUAAUGUGAUGCCAAUGAAGUAUGACCCCUCUAACUGUAAUUUCAUUGGAUGAGACUGUCGUGGAAAAGUCACUGACCACUAUGAAAGGAAUAGUUCUUUUGUUAAGUGAAUUAAGUUACAAACUUAAUAAUAACCUUAAUAAUUACGUAAAAUACCAUGUAGGACUCAUUUGAAGGCUCUCACAAGUGCUGCUUUGUGGCAUACAAAUGUUGCAUGCAAUUUAAACACCUUUGUUUGAUAAAAAUAUUAUUUCUAUUACUUUUACUGAUUUUUUUUUUUGCCCUUUUAAGCAUUACGUUUUGUCAUCCUAAAAUCCCCCCUCGUAAUAUUACGUUUGUAUAUUUAUUCUGGUUGUAUACAGAUUUGCUCCAUAAAUGUCGGCAUUCAUUUUACUGAUGUUUUAAAUAGAUAAUGUGGUCAGAAUAUGAAGGGUUUGGGUGUUGAAAGCUAAAUGCGAGAAACCGAUAUUCAUGCAUUUUAUAUAAUUUAUAAGGAUCUAUUUUGUGUAUUGAAGUGGAGACAUGUUAUGGUCAACGAAUAUUGGAGUAAUAUUGGAGAAAAGUGAGUUUCUGUGUAAACGUUAUGGUGUGAUGAAUGACCAUGCAUUUUCCCAACAUUAAUGUCAUAUUGGUUUCCUGCCCUGCCAAGAAAGCAAGAUAUACCAUAAAUCACCACAAACCUGUGUAUUAUUUAACUUGUUGGAUUCCAUUGGUGUACAUUUUCAAUAAAAUUAUGAUAAAAUACA